AUGUUGGUAUGUUGGGUACAGUUUGGUCUGUUCUCUGAUACACGUCAGAAAAAUGAGUCCACAUCAGACGGCGUCGUCAAAAUGGAGGAUAUCGGCUCCGAAAUGGUACAACAGGCUUCAGACGACUCAAGCCCGUCACCGAGCGAUUCGUCCAACAAUAUCGAUGACUUCGCCUUCAAUGUCAACGAUCUCGGUAAUUUGCAAUGA